UCUCACAAGUUUCCUCGCUUUUCAUAACGGCAUGUCACGACGACGUCGGUGCUGCGAUUCAUUAUUAUUUUUAUAAUUCCUUGUUUAUUCAUUUUUCGCCCCUUGUUGCUUCUCUCUCAUUCAACGGGCGAGGUUUUUUCGAAAGCUCUCUAUCACAGAAGGGUUUCUUGGGCUCCGAAAGGCCUCCAACCCUAUUGCUCUCUCUCGAUGAGCUUCACCACUUCUCAAUAAGCGGAGGUGACGAUAGAAGGCGAUGGCUGAUGUGAAACUGGAAGAGGAGGAGUGCUGUGUUGAGAAUAAGCAACUGGUGACCGCAUCAAGCUCCUCUCUUUCUGAAGGCAGUGGUAGUGUUACUGUCAAGUCCCCAGGCAUAUGCAGUCCAGCUACGACCUCGCCAUCACAUAGGAGGACGACUGGCCCUAUUAGGCGAGCAAAGGGCGGUUGGACUCCACAGGAGGAUGAUACAUUAAGAACUGCUGUAGCAUACUUCAAGGGGAAGAGUUGGAAGAAAAUAGCUGAGUUUUUUCCUGAUCGAUCAGAAGUGCAAUGUCUGCACCGAUGGCAAAAGGUUCUUAAUCCAGAGCUUGUUAAAGGACCAUGGACUCAAGAGGAGGAUGAUAAAAUCACAGAACUGGUAUCAAAAUAUGGGCCCACAAAAUGGUCUGUCAUAGCAAAGUCUUUGCCAGGUCGCAUAGGGAAACAAUGCCGAGAGCGGUGGCACAACCAUUUAAAUCCAGAUAUAAAAAAGGAUGCUUGGACAUUGGACGAAGAACUGGCACUCAUGAAUGCCCAUAGUAAGCAUGGGAAUAAAUGGGCUGAAAUAGCAAAGGUUUUACCUGGAAGGACUGACAACUCAAUAAAGAAUCAUUGGAAUAGUUCCUUAAAGAAAAAGUUAGAUUUCUACUUGGCUACUGGGAAACUUCCACCAGUUGUAAAGAGUGGUUUCCAAAAUGGUGCAAAAGACACAAACAGAACCAAUGCACCUGGAAAACUGCUUGGUUGUUCAAAUAAAGGAUCAGAAUCUACAGCACAAACUUCAUCAGGAACUACAGACUUAUGUAAACUAGAAGAAGACAGCAAGGAUCAGUUAGAGUCCUCAGCCCCAUUACAAGAUGCGGGUGUUUCUUUGAGUGUUCCUCCAAAUGAGUCUGCUGAUUCUGAAGAUGCACAGUGCAAGCCAUAUUUAUCCAAAAUAGAUUGUAGCUGUGGCAAUUCAGAGUCAAUAUUAAGGUUUGAGAAGUGCAGGAUCAAUGGUAAUAUCGAUGAAAGUAAAGUUGUUGGAACACCCUUGCAGCUUGGAAUUCCAACCUAUGAUUCUUUGUACUAUGAACCACCAAGACUAGAGAGUUGUGUUCCAUUAGAUUCAGAUCUCAUAAGCAAGUGUUGGAUGCAGUAUGAAUGUGACACAAGUCCUUUUAUGUCACCUAUUAGUUUCUUCACUCCACCUUGUGUGAAGGGUAGUAGUUUGUCUAUGCAAAGUCCACAAUCAAUCUUGAAAAAUGCUGCCAGGACCUUUCCCAAUACUCCUUCCAUAUUAAGAAAGAGAAAGACGGAGGCUCAAACACCUCUGCUCCCUACAAAAAUUGGGAAAGCAGAUCAGGAAGCAGUCAAUGAUAGUUUUCAUGCAUCUGAUGAACAAGAAAGAACUGGGAAUAGUUUAGAGAAGUCCGUGUCUCGAGAUGGAAGUUCAUGUGAUAGUCCUGCUUGUCAUGGUGAUAACAGCAUUGGUCUAUGCAAUGGUAAGGCUUUUAAUGCAUCUCCUCCAUACCGAUUAAGAUCCAAACGAACUGCCGUUUUCAAGUCUGUGGAGAAACAACUUGAGUUUGCAUUUGACCGAGAGAAGUGUGAUGGGAAUACCAAAUCUACAGAGAAGGGGAAUUCUCCUGUUGCUGAAGACUGCUUGCGUGCAACAAAGAUGGGGGUUACCUAGGACAUAAAGUGGAGGAAGAUUGGGGAUACUCUUGAAGCUAGCUAACAAAACUUCCUGGAAUGGGGACCAAAAGUUUCCAGUGUUUCCAAAGUGGAAAGAUAUGACCAGAUGCUCAAAAUUGUUGCUUCUUCUGUGCUGCCCAUUGAUCGUCUCGCAGAUACAUUUACCCUACUUGUCAUGAGGUACAUGCAGAUUAUUUUCUUCAUCAUACAUCAUGAACAAAAUUCAUGGGCAGUAGGUUUCUUGUUGAAUUUCUAUAUCUAGAAUUAGGUAUGGCAGUCCCAAAUUACUUGUGAAAGAAGCUGCAAUGGGUUUGUACAGGAACCCCUCUUAAGAGGAACGAAAGGACUUGAAAUUUUCUACAUCAAAAGUGUAGUUUCUGUUCUAAUGUCUCAUUUAUCUCAUUGUUUUCUCACCAAAAGCGAUGAGCAGGGUCUCAGUUGUAUCAUCUUGACUACCAGUAUUUUAAGAAAUUUGGUAGGUUCAUCUUCAUAACAACUUUUUCGCUGAUGUAUUCUCCCUUCUACUUUGGUAAAUAGCAUCAACUUUUCCAAUCA